AUGGAAGCUCAAAGCCAAGGUGGCCUCGGUUCUCUGUUGGACAUGGAUUUGGAAGGUUUAGAUUUCGAGACUGCCUAUGAGUUAAUUAAUGAGAAAGCGGAACUAUGGGAUGAUUCAAACGAUCAAUUUCAUAUGAAUCUUGUAGAUGAUUCUCAGUUCUUCAACCAUAUGACUGUUGUUCCAGAGAAUGCUUCGACAGGAGGGGAUCAGCAUACUAAUACUGAUGAGGAAGUUGACAAAGUAGUCAAUAGAGAUAGAGCUUUCCAAGAAGAAAAAGACACAAAGCCAGCUGCAUCACAAAUCACCCAUUCUGUUCCUAGUAGCAGACCGCAGACUCCCCGAAACCACAUUUCAUCACCUUUCGGGGCGUUUGGUGAACACUCUGGAAACUCACAUAACGAAGGUUUGUUGAGUGUGAACGAGUCGCAUGCAAUUGAGCACUUUUUGGAUAGUUUAUUAACUACCUCACCGUCAAAGGCUUCUAAUGCCGCCCUUUUCUCUCCGAAACUGGCUCAAAAUUUUAUGCGAAAUGCGGAACAUUUGGGAGCUGAUCCUCAUACCUAUAUUUUCGACCAUACUGAACUACAAACCACAAUAUCCAGACAUUUCCAGGAUAAGUCAACCACUAAGCAGGGAGAAAGGCUGGACACAAAGAUUGCCAUUGCGGCAUCCCCAUCUCAUGAAGAAAAAAACAAUAAUGUAAAUUCCAAGGAUAUUCUAAAAAAUGACAAUGGUAGUAAAGGUAAAUCUACUACGAUAGAACCCAUGAUUCUUCCAAUAUUCGAAUCAUAUGAACAGUACAAGCCAAUUGAUCCCAAAAUUCCUAUCGUUGAAGUUCCUGAACACGUCAUUCCUGAAGAUAUCUCAAGCGAUGCUGCAGAGCUGCGAAGGUGGAAACAUGUCUAUUUAGAGAAACAAAGAAGAAACACUUUCAAAAGAGAAUACGAUGAGUUGAUCGGGAUGAUACGAUAUCCACGACCAGUUUGGACUGAAGUUCAUAAGAAUCUGCCGAAAUCAAAAGAAAUCAUCUCCCUUGACUACAAACUCCCGAAGAAGGAAGGGAAAAGAAUCACGAAACAUACACUGUUAAAUUAUAUCGUCCAGGACAUCCAGCUGCUUUUACUGGCGAAUGAGGAGCUUGAACAACUUUGUAAAUGA